CGUGGUCGCCACUCUGGUCCGUUAAAGGCUUUCGUCUAUAAGUGAUGGGCUUCCGCCUCCUAGCCGCUCCGCCAUCCCGAACUCGAGGACUACGGCUUUGGGUUCAGGGUUGUUUUCGUUGUUGUUGUUGGUAGUGGACAACGGUUCGUGCGGCAAAGGUUCCAGUUCUGAUACGGGGAUGGCGGAGGGGAACGGCGUGGGGCGGCGGUCGGGGUGCGAGUACUGCGGGGGGGCGGCGGCGACCCUCUUCUGCCGCGCGGACGCAGCUCGGCUCUGCGUCGCAUGCGACCGCCACGUGCACGCGGCGAACGCGCUGUCCGGGAAGCACGUGCGGUCCCCGAUCUGCGACGACUGCGGGUCCCAGCCCGCCGCCGCCCGCUGCGUCGUCGACGGCCGCGCCCUCUGCGCCGACUGCGACUGGGACUCCCACGGCGGCGGCGGCCACCAUGACCACCCGAGGGUUCCCAUCGAGGGCUUCUCCGGUUGCCCCACUGCCCUCGAGCUCGCCGUUUCUUGGGGCUUCGAUCUCUCUUCAAAGGAGGCGAGCCCUCCUCCCACUUCUCUAAACCCGACGGCGGACCAGUUGCUGUCGAAUUGGUCGUCCCUGGACCCAAUCUUGUCCGUCGAUCCGUUGUUCCAGGACAUCUACGUGCCCUGCGCCCCCAAGAUGCCUGGCGUGGUCAAGCGGCAGAAGAACCACCAAAACCUGAAGCCCCUGUUCCACCAGCUGGUGGAGCUCGCCAAGACGGAGGUGGCGGCCUCGGCGGCAUGCGAUCUCAUCCCGAGCACGCCGCAUCGGACUGGCAGAGGCCACGAGGAGCUCCAGGAAUCACAGCCAAUGCCGUACACCGCCCUGCUCAUGUCGGCACCGACCGAGCUUAAGGGAAGCGAUCGGCUUGUUGAGGAGGAGGUGGAGGAGGAGGAUAUCCUGUGGGACUGCAGACUUCCGCAUCAUCCCGCGCAGAUAUGGGAUUUUAACCUUGGAAGAUUGGGAGACCAGAAGGAUUCUUUUGAUCAUGAAAUUGCAUAUGGUACAAACAAUGAGGCAUUUAUGAUCAAGAACUUCAAUGACCUUCACAAGGAAAAUUCAUUGGAGACCACAAAAGUAUUGGAAGAUAUAGGUGAUGCAAGAUGUCCUUCCUCGAAUGAUGAUAUAUUGUUGACAAAUGUUCGCCACAGGCAGUCACAAACUCUGAGGACCGUAAGCACCGCCACCAAAAGGAAGCACGGUUCAAGCUGUUCACCAGUUGAAGGACCAACAGCCUCUGGAAACAACACAUUGACCAGGAUUAGACCAUUUGUUGAUUUAUCACAUGAGCAUGAAUCUGUUGGUGCCAAACAAAUUUCAUUCAGAGAACAAGGAGAACUGCUAGUCGGAAAUGAAACGGUCAAAGAAACAAAGAGAUUUGACAGCGAGAUGCUAGCCAAAAACAGAGGCAACGCCAUGUUGCGCUAUAGGGAGAAAAGAAAAACACGCAGGUACGAUAAGCACAUUCGAUAUGAGUCUAGGAAGGUGAGGGCUGACACAAGGAAGCGUGUAAAAGGUCGCUUCGUCAAGUCCACCGAGGCAUUAGAUGUUGUAAACAAUGGCUGAAUGGGCAUGCACUAAUAAAUUAGGUGUAAAUACCUUCUUGGUCAUGUUCUAAGAGGAAUUUUAGAAAUGAGUGAUGAUAUGCUGUGUCAUCUGCUAAUCAAAUCUAUGUUUCUUUUGAUGGAGCUCCCAUCCCCA